CGUGUUAUUUUACAGAAAUAUCACAACAAAAGUUUUAUUCGAUUUUGCGCCUGUCCUAUAGGACCGACGGGGAUAACGCCGAUUCUAUCAGCUGACAGAACGUCGCUCGACAACCAGAAAACGAAACGUUGAAAUGCUUGCUCUGCUAAGCUGCUAUCAUUGUCAUAGAUAUUACAUUGUCUAUAUUUUGUUGGGGUGUGUAUGCGUGUGUCUUUAUGGUAAACACUCUGUUGUUGUAUCAUUGUGUUAGAGUAACAAGGAAAUGAUUGUCAACGAUUACGAACGAAUUUCGACUUGAGGUGGAGGUUUAAUACGACUUUAUAUCCAGUUGUAUAUGGCGUGUAUUUGUUAGCGAGAUCGCAACAGCGGGAACGAUGACAGCACGAAGGACGGCAGCAGCAAUAACAGGAAAUAUCUGAUUUUCUGCUGGAUGUUGUGCAAAUACGUAUUAAUAGCUACCGAUAUCAACUUCUAUUCGGAUAAGAGUGUUUUUGCCAAAUCAUUCUCAUUACGGAAUAUCGCUUCAUUGUAAACAAAGACGACGCUCGUUUUUCGUGUACAGCCCUUACAACAAAGGAUACUGCCUUCUGCUUCAACGAAGAGUGUCAUCAGCAACCUCUUGAGCAAAAUCGACCCCGUAUCCGUGGAGAGCAGCAAAGGCAUGAAGUGAUCGUGUGCACUUCCGCGGCGAGAGGGGAAGACGACGCCACACAACAAAAACAUCAAUAAUAUUAGGACACGACGGUGUCCUUCACAAAAAUGGACACAUUAUGCAAUCGAGAUGCUCUGUGCUGUGUACUAUUCCUUAUGUCCUUUGUCGCGUCAUCGGACAAUAGCGUUCUCGCUCGACCUGAUGGGGAUCUCUGUACGUGGAUGAACGGUCGAAAAUACUACAUUGCUGUGGGCGAAACCGGAAGUAUUUCCGCUGGAAAUGUGACAUCCCAGAGUGUGCCGCUAAAUGAUACCUGGUCACCUCGUAUUCCGCAGAGAUGUUCCAUUGAGCUGAUCACAUGCCCUAGCUGUCACUUCGAGGUCUCUGUGAGCUAUCUUAAUAUACCGACCUGUAGCACUAAUGGAAAAUGUCGCUGUGACUACGUGUGGGUAAAGGAGCCAACGAUUGGACGACUCGGUGAGGAGCUUUGUGGUGUACGUCGUAAUGAAUCGGGGAUGAAUGGAAGUGGGGCUGGAACCACUGGGCUGGUAUUCGAGUCUUUGCGAAAGCUCCUUUCGAUCGAUUUUCUCUACUCUUACUCCUAUACAGAUGCGUUUAGCCUCCAAGUAACGGCAAAAAGUAACGUGUAUGUGUUGAGAGGACAAGCGGACUAUUACCAAGGAGGCUCAUCAGGAUAUAUAGAGUCGCCUCAUUUCCCCGUGGUCUAUCCAUCCGAUUAUAGUGUUGAGUAUCAACUAGUCAACGUCGACCCCAGAGGAUACGUACAGCUGGUAUUUACCGAUUUCCAGCUAUCUCCCUGGUCAUACAUUGAGGUUCUCAACACGAAUGGAAGUCGGAUCGAUGUCUACAAUGGAAACACUUUCCGGCCUCCGAUCAUAGUGUCCGCAGGGCAAAACCUGACAGUCAAAUUUCGCGCAAACGAUGAAUACGCCAAUGCAGGUUUUCGCGCCAAAUACACAUUCGUGAAUUAUCCGGACAAGUAUUGGUUUAACAAACCCAAUACAGACUGUGGAGGUAUUGUAGAUGAUACGGGGGGCGCUAUCACCAUGAUGAACAUGGUAGCACAAACUGGAACAUCAAGAGCGUACGAUUGCGUCUGGCUUGUGAAGAGCUCAGCCAGAGAGACACCUGAAAGUCAAAUAUCAAUAAGGGUUGCGCAAUUCGAAGAAAUGGGUCCCCAGUCGACUCUCGAGAUUAAGCAAGGGCUUGUAUCUGUGGCCUACCCGCUGGUGACUCUCAACAGCCAUCAGACAACGAAAAAUCAACAACAUGCACAAGAAUACACGAUUCCAGCCUCGUCAGGUUUCUACAUUCGAUUAAAAGGAUCUUUUACAAAUCGCUCACGUCUUGCCGUUGUAUAUUCGGUGUUCACCUUCGACUCCGCUUGCAACGAAACCAGUCAGUUUAUGUGUGCAAACCGUCGGUGUCUUCAUCCGGCCAUUCACUGUGACGGGUUCAAUCAUUGCGGUGACGGUAGCGACGAAGUGGGAUGCGACGGGAAAGUUGUAUUCGAGAAGCGACUGAGUGAUGAGAAGAAACAGGCUAAGGAGGUUAUGCAGUGGUGGUCGAACCUGACGCCAAACUACCACUUCCCUAAACAGGACUCUACCGAAGCUGGUAAUGGCACAAAUACUCUCAUUUUGUUAACCUCUCUUGCCGGUCUCGGCAUGUUCAUCUUGACUACGAUACUGAUCCUCAUUAAACUUCGGAAACAGCGACAGAUUGAAGCGCUCAACCGGGAAGCGCUACGAAGCAUAUCGGAGGUUGGAGACGGCCGGCGAAUUUAUCCUGGGGAUAUUCCGCUAUUUGACCCACCGCCGACAUACGAUGACGUCUGCAAAUUCUAUAUGCCGCCGCCACCAGCGUAUUCUACAAUUGACGAAAGUUCGCCGACGCUGGCUCGUCUAAAUACCGGCCUUCCGGGCGUCGAAAACGCAGGCUUCACAAUGAUCUCUGAAAGUCCACCGCCUACAUAUCGUGAGGCUACCCACAAAAAUAACCGCAUCCUCCGAGUAAUUUUGCCCUCCAGCUCAGCAGAACGCCGCCACCACCGGCGGCACAAGAGCUCCCCAGCGAAGGCGCACUCCGCUCAUAGACGUACUGCAUUGCGUGCACGACGGAGUCUCGCAGCUCUGCUUAAUGACGAACGACGCAGGCGAAAACCAUGCCAGUGCCAGGGCGCCUGUUCGUGCCCUAGCAGUUCAUCGUCAACGGGCCACGUGUCACCAUCUUCGCCACCACGUUAUCAGGACACCCGACCGCGACCCCGUCCACCCGUAGUUCCUAUGCACGUGCCCCAGGAUUCACUAAGUUCUAUCAGCUCUUUUGGUUCUACGCUUCCUGAACCGCCCAAACUCGUUGUCAAGGAGAUCGCCUCCACCGGAGCGUCUUGCUCAUCUGCAUCGGCGUCUUCCUCCGCACUGUCUCCGCACAUUAUCACCAACAACGAGACGACCGGUCAUAUUGAAGCGCCGCCACCUGAAGAAGGAUCAGGCCACAUGUUUCGAAUGCCACGAACCUCACAUCGCCCGCCCAGGCCAAGACAGCAGGUGCAAUCCACCUCAGUUACUCCUCCAAUAGCCCCACCGCCAUCGACUAAUCAAAGAGGAACAAUUACCUCUGCCGCUUCAUCCGCAGUGAGCUCAUCAUCAGCGCGUCCCUCAAGCGCAUUGAGGACCGCGGCAGGUAACCGCGACCGGGCAUCGCAACAACAACAGCAGCAGCAGCAGCAGCAUCUUCAGGACAAGCGCAAAAGUCCGAAACGCGCACCAAUAAUGCCUUUAAACAGCCGUCUACUGGCGUUCGAGCUUGACAGAAUUGGGCCAGUGGACGCGGUGACGGCAGGUGCGUCGUCGGCUGUCACGGGGUCGUCACGCAUUCGUACUGGAGCUUUACUGGCCGCAGGAGGAGGAGGGGGGGGAGAAGGAGCAGCAACAACAGGUGUUUCGAACGGUACAAGCGGUUCAAACACUACUACUGGUGCUGCCAGCAGGCCGGCGGAAGCUGGUGCCAAAGAGAGGCGUGAACGGGACGGAUUCGCAGGAAAAGUCAGCGUCAUCCAUGGCAGUGUAGCACCAAAGCAGCAACAACAGCUCAAUCAUAAAAAAGAGCAUCUGUGCAUAAAUAAAUGGAUAGUCAGAAGCGUGGAUACGAACGGACCGUGCGUGAAAAAUGCAAGCGGCAGCACCAUGCCAUACACAUAUGUGCAGAUGAUUGAUGUGAACUCUAUUUUUAACUGAUUGUGUGUACACAUAUGGGUGGGUUUCAUGUGCAAAUGAGAUGAAUGAUUGCAAGUGCUCGCUGUCUUAAGCCAAAUAAUUAAUUGUAUAGACGUUUUUGUACAUAAGAGAAAAAUAAUUUUUCUGUAAAUAAAUGG